CUUCCCACCUUCAACGCCUCUCUUUCUCUCCCUGGCCAUGGCCAUUCCGCAACACCAACUGCAACAACAACAAUCAAAACCAUUCAGGAAUCUGCUGGCCGCCGAUGGGCAGAUCGCCUUCUUCGGCGGCCCAUCUUUCCCCGAUCAAUCUCAUCCGCAAUUCGCCCCUCCCUUCCAUGUGGUCGGACUCGCUCCUGUUCCGAUUCCUGCAAUGGACGGGACAACCGUCGAUCUCCAAUGGGCGGGUUCCGAGCCCAAGAACAAGAGAUUGAAAGAACAGGAAUUCCUCGAGAACUCGCAGAUCUCGUCCGUCGAUUUCUUGCAGACGCGGUCCGUGUCCACGGGGUUAGGGUUGUCUCUUGAUGACCGUCGCAUGGCUUCCUCCUCUGGAGACUCCCCUGUUCUAUCCCUCCUCGAUGAGGAGAUCGACCGCGAGCUGCAGCGGCAGGACACUGAGAUGGACAGAUUCGUCAAAUUACAGGGUGAGCGCCUGAGGCAAGCGAUUCUUAAGAAGGUUCAGGCCAAUCAGCUCCAAACUCUUUCAUCCGUAGAAGAAAAGAUCCUUCAAAAGCUCCGUGAGAAGGAAGCAGAGGUAGAGGACAUCAACAAGAAGAACAUGGAGCUGGAAGAGCGGAUGAAACAGUUGAAUGUAGAAGCAGGUGCAUGGCAGCACCGUGCCAAGUGCAAUGAGAACAUGAUUACUGCCCUGAAGUUCAAUCUCCAGCAAGUGUUUGCGCAAGGCAGGGAUAGCAAAGAAGGGUGCGGUGACAGCGAGGUAGAUGACACAGCCUCUUGUUGUGAUGGAGGGGCAAUCGAUUUCCACCUCCUUGCUAGCAAGGAGAACAAGGAUUUGAAGGACUCAAUGACUUGUAAGGUUUGCAGAGUUAAUGAAGUUUGCAUGCUUUUGUUACCUUGCAGGCAUCUUUGCUUGUGCAAGGACUGUGAGAAUAAACUCAGUUACUGUCCACUGUGUCAGACCUCGAAGUUUAUCGGCAUGGAGAUUUACAUUUAAUGUGACAGCUUGGUUAUGAUAUCACUAUUAAUACAAACGUCUUGUCAAUCUGGGUGAUCA